GAGAGAGCGAGAGAGAGAGGGAGCGUUCAGCGAGCGCCAGAGAACGGCAGAGCGGCGCGCACCGACGAGGGGCAGUCGGGUGCCUCUCGGAGAUGUUUAGUGCGUGAGGUCUCUCUGGCCUCCAAGCACCAUGCAGAAAGCCAUCCGACUGAACGAUGGCCACGUCGUGUCCCUGGGACUGCUGGCCCAGAGAGACGGCACGCGCAAAGGCUACCUGAGCAAGAGGAGUUCGGACAACCCAAAAUGGCAAACCAAGUGGUUUGCGCUGCUGCAGAACCUGCUCUUCUACUUCGAAAGUGACUCGAGCUCUCGGCCCUCGGGGCUCUACCUGCUGGAGGGCAGUAUCUGCAAACGCAUGCCCUCCCCCAAGCGAGGGACCUCCUCCAAGGAGUCCGACAAACAGCAUCAUUACUUCACAGUGAACUUCUCCAAUGACAGCCAGAAGUCCCUAGAGCUGAGGACCGAUGACUCCAAGGACUGUGACGAGUGGGUGGCAGCGAUUGCUCGCGCCAGCUACAAGAUACUGGCCACAGAGCAUGAGGCGCUCAUGCAGAAGUACCUGCACCUGCUGCAGGUGGUGGAGACAGAGAAGACCGUGGCUAAGCAGCUGCGACAGCAGCUCGAGGAUGGCGAGGUCGAGAUCGAGCGCCUGAAGGCAGAGAUUGCAAACCUGAUCAAGGACAAUGAACGUAUCCAGUCCAACCAGCUGGUUGCCCCUGAGGAUGAGGACAGUGACAUCAAGAAAAUUAAGAAGGUACAGAGUUUCCUUCGCGGAUGGCUGUGCCGGCGAAAGUGGAAGAACAUCAUCCAGGACUACAUCCGGUCUCCUCAUGCCGACAGCAUGCGCAAGAGGAACCAGGUGGUGUUCAGCAUGCUGGAAGCUGAGGCCGAGUACGUGCAGCAACUACACAUCCUUGUCAACAAUUUUCUGCGCCCACUGCGCAUGGCCGCCAGCUCUAAGAAACCCCCUAUAACACAUGACGACGUCAGCAGUAUCUUUCUGAACAGUGAGACCAUCAUGUUCCUGCACCAGAUCUUCUACCAAGGCCUGAAGGCCCGUAUCGCCAGCUGGCCCACCCUGGUUCUGGCGGACCUGUUCGACAUCCUGCUGCCAAUGCUUAACAUCUACCAGGAGUUCGUCCGCAACCACCAGUACAGUCUCCAGAUCCUAGCACACUGCAAGCAAAACCGGGACUUUGACAAGCUCCUCAAGCAGUAUGAGGCCAAGCCAGACUGCGAGGAGCGCACACUGGAGACCUUCCUCACCUAUCCAAUGUUCCAGAUCCCCAGGUACAUCCUGACACUCCAUGAGCUGCUGGCCCACACACCUCAUGAGCAUGUGGAGCGCAACAGCCUGGACUAUGCCAAAUCCAAACUAGAGGAGCUGUCCAGGGUCAUGCACGACGAAGUCAGUGAGACCGAGAACAUCCGCAAAAACCUGGCCAUUGAGCGUAUGAUCACCGAGGGCUGUGAGAUCCUCCUUGACACCAGCCAGACCUUUGUGCGCCAAGGUUCCCUCAUCCAGGUGCCCAUGUCAGAAAAGGGCAAGAUCAACAAGGGCCGCCUGGGGUCUCUGUCCCUUAAGAAAGAAGGUGAGCGCCAGUGUUUCCUGUUCUCCAAGCAUCUCAUCAUCUGCACCAGAGGCUCUGGUAGCAAACUGCACCUAACCAAGAAUGGCGUGAUUUCCCUCAUUGACUGCACUCUACUGGAUGAUCCAGAAAACAUGGAUGAUGACGGCAAAGGACAAGAGGUAGAUCACCUGGACUUUAAGAUUUGGGUGGAGCCAAAGGAUUCCCCACCCUUCACAGUCAUCCUGGUGGCCUCAUCCAGGCAGGAGAAGGCGGCAUGGACCAGUGACAUCAUCCAGUGCGUGGAUAAUAUCCGCUGCAACGGGCUCAUGAUGAAUGCCUUUGAAGAAAAUUCCAAGGUCACCGUGCCGCAGAUGAUCAAGUCUGAUGCUUCCUUAUACUGUGAUGAUGUUGACAUUCGCUUCAGCAAAACCAUGAAUUCUUGCAAAGUGCUGCAGAUCCGCUAUGCCAGCGUGGAGCGCCUGCUGGAGCGCCUGACUGAUCUUCGCUUCCUGAGUAUUGACUUUCUCAACACCUUCCUGCACUCCUAUCGAGUCUUCACCGAUGCUGUGGUGGUCCUAGACAAGCUGAUCAGCAUCUACAAAAAGCCCAUCACUGCGAUUCCUGCCAGGUCACUGGAACUCCUGUUCUCCAGUAGCCACAACACCAAACUUCUGUACGGAGAUGCCCCCAAGUCGCCUCGUGCCAGCCGCAAGUUCUCCUCGCCGCCGCCCUUGGCCAUCGGCACUUCGUCCCCAGUCCGCCGCCGGAAGUUGUCUCUCAACAUUCCCAUCAUCACAGGCGGCAAGGCGCUGGAACUGGCUUCGCUCGGGUGCCCCUCCGACGGCUACACCAACAUACACUCGCCCAUAUCUCCCUUCGGCAAAACCACGCUGGACACCAGCAAGCUCUGUGUGGCCAGCAGCUUGACCAGAACGCCGGAGGAGAUUGAUAUGACCACUCUAGAGGAGUCAUCAGGCUUCAGGAAGCCGACCUCAGACAUCUUGAAAGAAGAGUCUGAUGAUGACCAGAGUGAUGUAGACGACACAGAAGUGUCUCCACCAACACCGAAAUCAUUCAGAAACAGAAUCACUCAAGAGUUCCCACUCUUUAACUACAACAGUGGAAUCAUGAUGACAUGUCGCGAUCUGAUGGACAGUAACCGCAGCCCUCUGUCAGCUACCUCUGCCUUUGCCAUAGCGACUGCAGGAGCCAAUGAAAGCCCCGCAAACAAGGAGAUAUAUCGAAGGAUGUCUUUGGCCAACACAGGGUAUUCCUCUGACCAGAGAAAUAUCGACAAAGAGUUCGUGAUCCGCAGAGCGGCCACCAACCGUGUACUGAAUGUGUUGCGCCACUGGGUCACCAAGCACUCCCAGGACUUUGAAACUGACGACCUCCUCAAAUACAAGGUGAUCUGCUUUCUGGAAGAGGUCAUGCAUGACCCAGACCUUCUACCACAAGAGCGAAAGGCAGCAGCCAACAUCAUGAGGACUCUGACCCAGGAAGAAAUAACUGAAAACCAUAGCAUGCUGGAUGAGCUCUUACUAAUGACGGAGGGUGUGAAGACUGAGCCCUUCGAAAACCACUCAGCCAUGGAGAUAGCAGAGCAGCUGACCCUGCUGGAUCACCUUGUCUUCAAGAGUAUUCCUUAUGAGGAAUUCUUUGGCCAGGGCUGGAUGAAGGCAGAUAAGAAUGAAAGGACACCUUACAUUAUGAAAACCACCAGACAUUUCAACCAUAUCAGUAACUUGAUCGCUUCAGAAAUUCUCCGAAACGAGGAGGUCAGUGCAAGGGCAAGCACCAUCGAGAAGUGGGUGGCUGUUGCCGACAUUUGCCGCUGCCUGCACAACUACAAUGCUGUGCUGGAGAUCACUUCCUCCAUCAACCGCAGCGCAAUCUUCCGACUCAAGAAGACAUGGCUCAAAGUUUCUAAGCAGACGAAAUCUCUGUUUGACAAGCUCCAAAAGCUUGUGUCAUCAGAUGGCCGAUUUAAGAACCUCAGAGAAACUUUGCGAAAUUGUGAUCCACCCUGUGUCCCUUACCUGGGGAUGUACCUGACCGACUUGGCAUUCCUCGAGGAAGGAACACCCAAUUACACAGAGGACGGCCUGGUCAACUUCUCCAAGAUGAGGAUGAUCUCCCAUAUUAUCCGCGAGAUUCGCCAGUUUCAGCAGACUACUUACAAAAUCGAGCCCCAGCCAAAGGUAACUCAGUACUUAGUGGAUGAAACCUUUGUGUUGGACGACGAAAGUCUGUAUGAGGCCUCCCUCCGAAUUGAACCAAAACUCCCCACAUGAGGCUGCACUCCCCACCCCUGCUGCACCGCGCCACAUUGCGCCACACUGCGCUGCGCCGUGCCAUGCCGUAACCCCAUGCCGUAACCCCAUGCCGUAACCCCAUGCCGUAACCCCAGCCGUAACCCCAUGCCGUAACCCCAUGCCGUAACCCCAGCCGCUUCUGUGAACACCUGCUAUGUGAUGUUGUAGAAUAACCAUGUAAUGUUGUAGAAGAACCGUUCGUGUUCCUCUGUACUUGUUCUGCGGUGUGCGCCUCUCUGAGAAUAUAUAAUCUGUUCCUGUCGUGUAAACCCGAAGAAUAAAUGUCUGCAUUCAAAAUACAAA